AAACCGCUACCUUUGGAGGCAAAGAUCACUUUAGCGACGUGGUUGGGUGUCGCAGGGUUAGUGACAAUAGUUGGAAAUGGAAUUGUCCUGUGGUUGAUUUUCAGAGAAAGAUCUCUAAGAAAAAUGUCCAACCUGUUCCUGACCUCGUUGGCCGCAGCAGACUUUUUCGUGGGACUUGUUACAGACCCAGUCUGGAUAGUCAUACGAUUUUUGGGUUAUCACUCUAAUAAAACCUACAUUGAAACCUUCGGUAGGAGUAUAGAUUAUCUAUGGAUUCACACUACUGUAGCAACAACAUUUAACUUAUGCUGUGUUAGCCUGGUCAGGUACGUAGCCAUCAUUCAUCCUCUGCGCUACCACGAUUUUCUCACCAAAAGAAGAUGUUAUUUACUGAUAGCUAAUGCAUGGUUUAUAUCCCUUGUCUUACCCUGCUCAAAGUUCAUGGUUCAGGAUAUAAUAGCUUUAUCAACAUUGUGCAUAUUAUUUACAGUUAUGACAAUAUUAUUUCCUAUGUCUAUUAUCAUGUUCUGUUCUCUUCGAAUUUUAAAAGCCGCCUAAGUGCAUUACAAUAGGAUAAACCCGACGACUGAGCUGCUGUGAGCAGAAUCAAGACGUUAUUAGAAGAACUAAAAAGAACUACAAAGUUGCUAAAACAGUUAGUAUCAUAGUGGGGCUAUUUGUGGUUUCCUGGUUGCUAAGUCUCAUUACUGGUUUUGUACAUUACUUCAAUACCAAAGGGUCUCAUAACGCAAACUACUACACCGUGUGGACAUUUGUUGAAACAACAGCGUUUACUUCAUCUGCAAUCAACCCAUGGGUGUAUUGUUUGGGAAACGAUGAGUUCUAUGAAGCAUUAUCACACACAUUUCGAUUUCUUAAAAGACGGUGAUUUGGAGAAAUGUUUCGUGAGAUAUUUCAGAGGCCAAGAAGGGUUUCUCUGAGUAAAGGCCAGAAGUAAGGGAAUUGUUGUGUGAACUACACUCGUUAACGCCUCACCUAACCCUUUACAUGACGUGGUUGAUGAAAGGGUAGUUCGAAGGGUAAACACAAUUUUGCUGUGGAGUUGUUUAUCGAUGCUUGUACGUGAUCAGUAGGGAACGUAUAAUGAACUUAUAAAAAGCAAUAAAGUGAUUAGGAUCUUUAUGAACACACAACUUAAAGCAGUUAAAAUUUAAAUUCCCAUCAUAUUCGUGCUCUAAUCAAUUGAUCAUAUUUAUAUUUACGACUACCUGUUACACACCGUCUAUAGCUUACCAGCAUAAAAAAAAACACUGCAAGAAAAGAAGGGGAGAUUUGACAAACCUUGAAAACACUUUGAAUAUCUGGGAGUUCUUUUAAAGAAAACAUACAAAGCCUAAAACUAUUAAAUAAAGCGCAGUUCUACAUCUUUUAUCGUCAUGGAGAUCUUCUGUUUGGGGGCUUGCUGCUUCUAUAACACAGACAACUCUGCGUCAGCGGACACCGACUGGAAUUGGAAAGAGUGUACGUUAUUGGAUCGAUCCGCCUACGAUAAUUAUUCCCCCUAGCAGACACCAUAGAAAAAUAGGGUGGAUGUCUGCUAAAGGAAAAAACAAGAAGGAAAGUUAUGACCGUUGCGACCAUAAAGUGACAAUACAAAUAAUGUCGGACUCUUGUUAAUGUCAAACAAACGGAUACCCUGCUUUCCCUCGGAGAAAUGAAGAUUUGACGAUACUGAUUCCCACUGCUGCUUCGUCAAAGGUCGUAUUUCUGUUGAUUUGCAAAUUAAGACAAAUUUUUUUGCCGAGAGUACAUUAUUGUGCAUGGCGCGUCUACUUGAUAGAACAAUUUUAAAUUUUCUCCUUAACAAGGGUCAGCGUCCGCUUAUGAGAGAGUAUCCGCCUCCGGGAAUGUGUCAAAACAGAGUUUGACCGGGAAGGUAAAAAUGAGAAUGAAUGAGUUGCCAGUAAUCGGAUCCUUGUGUUUGCGCAGAGAUUUCAGGGAUUCCCACUGGGCAUACAUUGCAACUCGCUAGAAAGAAAUGUAUGGCGAAAGGUUGUUUCGACGGCCUAAAAAACGAUUUUGGAGAGAGAUUAUCGCUUUUUCGCCGCUGUUUUAUCAGAAAUGGAUUUGGGUAAUAUUUAUGGGAGGAAAGUGUAAGUUUUUAUUUGAAAAACCAUGAAAUAUGUACCAAAAUAUACCGAUCAACUUUUCUCCAUGCACAAGGUUUAUUGUAAACUUGAUAUCGCUUAAAAUUUUCAAAAUUUAGAGAUGUUAGCCAUAAAUUGCUGAGGAAUAACUCACUAAGGCCUUUUCAGUUUUUUUGACGUGUAAUUAACUCUACGUGGUGAUUCUAACAAAGACUUACAGUCCUUACACUUCCCUCGUAUCAACAUUAUCUUUAUCAUUUAUGAUAAAACUGCGGCGAAGAAAGCGAUAGUCUCUAUUAAAAACCUUUUUUUUUGGAUAUCGAAACAACCUUUCGUCUUAUAUUUCCUUCUUGUAACAUGCAAUGUUUGCCCCGUGGCAAUCCCAGAAAUCUUUGCGCAAACGCAAGGAUCCAAUUAAUGGUAGCUCACAUUUAUUCAAAAGUGUCAGUAAGUGGAGCAAUUUGAUUGUCCGUUGGCGGAGAGUUGAUUAUAUUUAUUUCAUAACAAUUCACUCAUGUAGAUUCAAAUUCUAUAUACCAGAAUAUUCCAUGAAUUAAAGGAAUUGUAGCACAAACACCAAACUAGCUGGAGGAUGUGAAGCCCGCGCAAGCCAAGAAUUUUACCUCCGCGUUUUGGGCAAAUCGUACUGAUAUGGAUGUACGUUUUUCCUCCCGCACUGAGGCCCAGAAAAAAUUUGUUAAUAAUCCGUCGCUAUUUUGAUCAAGGCAAAGCAAGAGAGGAUAAACUAUCCCCUCUAAGCCAAAAUUAAUUGGCGUUAUUGUGAAAUUAUUUGGUAUUCGGGGUUAAAAAAAACUUUUUCAUUCAUUUCUUGUCCAAGCGUUUGAAAUGUUUGCAAACGUGAUUUUUUUUGAAAAAAAGGUGUUUUGAAUAAUUUAAACUUUUUGUGACGUGAAAAACAUCGUAUUUUCGGUGACCGUUGAACAAUUGGGAGUCUAAGAGCAAACACACAAAUUAUAAUAACAAAUAACUGAAAUUUUUUUAACAUAAUCGAAGCGAAGUUAAUUUUUGGUUUAAAGUUUUCACAGUUGCCUUGCCUUUUGACUUAGAGACUCUAAUUAAUGCAACGUAAUGAUGUGCAAUAUGAAAUAUUUUUUGGAGGAGUGAUUGUGAUCCUCACGGGUUUAGAACGAUUGGUAGCCACUAGUUUUAGGCGCCGGCUUUUUUUCAAAUUUCCAAACUUCACACACAAAGAGGUCUUGUUUUAGUCACCAUGCACAUAGAGUUAACUGACUUCGCAUAUAUGAGGGGUGUAUAGCUACUGUAUAAAUGCACUGCCGAUCGACUUGAAAAAAAAAACCAAGUCAUGCCUAGAAUAAAAUUAUAAUGUUCGAUUAUUUUGGGAUCUCAUACAUAAAUUAUCACUGGUCUCUUUAAUUCAAACGUUCUAGUGUCGUAAAAUAAUUUGUUUAAGUGUUAAAGUAUCAAUUUCUUUAAUAUUCGGCCCUUAAAUCUAACGUGAUCUGAAAUAUUUUUCAAUGAUCUAGUAAAACACGAUUUGUCUAAACUUUUCACUUUCGUUACACAGAUAUGAAUACAUAUUAAGUCGAGAAACAAGAGAAAAAAUCUGUUAUGGAUUCCUUCACUGCUCUUCGAAUUUCCUUGAUUUUCUAGCAGUAGAGAACUUGAUUUAUCGACGAGUUUAGGUAAACUAAACAUACGGCAAGUGCUUCGGCCAGAAAAAGAGACGAGUUUACCCCUUGAAUAAGGACUACAACUGUCACACCAGAAAAAGGAAGAUAACAGACUGUUAAUGUAAGGUGAACCCACAAAGCAUUGAUGACCGUCUUCUUUUAUCGCGUCAUGUUUGGCGAGGUUCUUGCUCUUUUCCCUUCUAAUUCAUCCCGCAGUUGUAUUUGUUGACGUGGAAUGGUGCGAAAUAUUCCGGAGUAGGAAUAUGUUAAAAUAAUCAGCUCCAAUGUUAUCAAUACUGCGCUUGAAAGGAGGUAUGAUAUCGUGUUCCAAUGGUAAAGUAGGCCGACCACAAUUUCUUUUCAUCCGUAUAAAAAGGACGACCCUGCGAGUUCUAUUGACAAUUACAACUUGCCCGUAUGUUAUCCCUAAUAACAGGCUGAGGAGUCUAUCCACUGCAAUGGAGGUCAGUUUCGCCAGAAAUGCACCAGAGAAAAUCAUGGUCACACAUAUGCUGAAUAUUAUAAAGUGCGACCAGAAUCACAAGGUUUUCCAAAGUCGGUGUUACAGACAGAACAACACAUAAGACGGCAAGAAAUGUGUAAAACUGAACGAGGUAGUCUUUGCCAUCCCAAUGUCGACUGCAGAACAACUCAGACCCUGCAACUGAUUUAAUUAAAUUCAACAUAACUUGCCAGGUACCUCUCAGGCAGGUCUUGAACGAACACUGGGUUGAAUUGUUUCUUUCCUCAUGCUGGCAAAAUAGUGUCGACUCUGCUAUUUAGCUAUAGUUCAAAAUUUCUUGAGUGAAAGGGUCAAGUGUGCCUUUCAUAAGAGAGGUCUGUCCAAAACAUCGUCAACAGAAAUCAACAAAAAUCUGAACAAGAAAUCGAAUCCCAAACCUCUGGGUUUCGGGGCUCGACGCUCUACCUCUCAGCCACAGAACAAUGCGUGCUCCGUCACAUUACAAAUUUGCGAUUAUUACAAAUCUGGAACGUUGGGCUACGCAAAUAGGUGUUCUUUUAAGUACCUUUAUGUGGAGUGGAUUGACAUGGAAUAUACGUGAGAAAUAUUUCAAUAAUUAUUUCAGAUUGAAGUUCUGCAUGAAUGCACUGCGCAUGCCGAGCAACAAAAAUUAACUAAGUUCAACUUAACUUUCGAGAUACCUCUCAUACAGGUCGACUCAACUCGAAUUAACUCUCAACUAUCGGAUUGUAUCUAUCUUUUACAGUUAUGACAAUAUUAUUUCCUAUGUCUAUAAUCGUGUUCUGUUCUCUUCGAAUUUUAAAAGCUGCUUUAGUACAUUACAAUAGCAUAAAACCGACGAGCAGCUGUGCGCAGAAUCAAGACGUUAUUAGAAGAAGUAAAAAGAACUACAAAGCUGCUAAAACAGUUAGUAUCAUAGUGGGGCUAUUUGUGGUUUCCUGGUUGCCAAGUCUCAUCACUGGUUUGGCGCACUAUUUCAGCAACCUAGUGUCUUACGACUCAGCCUACUACACUGUGUGGACGUCUGUUGAAACAGUGGCAUUUACUUCAUCGGCAAUCAACCCAUGGGUGUAUUGUUUGCGAAACGACGAGUUCUAUGAAGCAUUAUCACGCACAAUUCGACUUCUCAAAAGACGGUAGACUUACCUUAUGAAGUCAUAUCGCACAAUGCAAUAAUUUUUUUGUUCAAAAAAGUAAAAGUAGCUUGGUAAAAAGGUAAGCUGUUUUGCCAACCAUGAAUAUUGGUUGUUUUCAUGGUUGGCAAAACAGCUGUUGGCUCUUAAUUAAGUUUGUUGUCAAAACUCGAAGUGCUUGUCACUUGAAGAAAUUUCGGUAAACCAUUAAGCCUACAAAUAAUAAUUUCCUAGUCAAUUAUUCUAAGUAAAGCCUUAAUUCUAACAGCUAAUUUUAUAUUUGGGUAGAAUUAACUUGCGCUUUUCAGAAAAGUUUCCGGCGAUUUUAUCUUGUACAGGGUAGUUUUUGGGAACUUAUGAUAAUAUCUAUAAUUCCUCAGGAUGCUGAAGCAUUAGAUGUAUCACUACGAAACCUAUCUUUGUUAUUUCAAUCAGUUAUCUAGAAAAACUGCUACUUGUGAAAUACCAAGUGCUAGAAAUAUACGGGAAGCAUUUAUUACCUUUUAAUUUGCUCGACAAAAAGACGCUUUUGUCACAAACAGAUAAUUAUUCAGAUAUAAAAUAAAUAAAUGGGAAGGUGAAUAAACAACGAGUCAAAAUCAUGCGAAGAACGCUUGCUGAGUUUUUAUCAUUCAAAUUUACCUCAGAGUGAUAUUGACAAGCACAAGCCGCUCCUCUUUCCUUUUGAUGGUUUGUAGGAUUCCUCUAAGUUUUAGCCAGAAUUAAGAGCGUUUUUUGGGAUCUACACUUGUUAACGAUUUAGAUUUUUCCGGCGAUGUCUCACUCAACUUAAUUCACAAGAGGGGUAGUUAAUAAAGUCAGCAAAUAUCUGUUUUGUGAGCGGAGGUGUUUAUCUGCGCUCGUACAUGAUCAGUGAGAAUGAUUUAAAUAAAUGAGAAAGAUAAAAGGAUCCUUAUUAAAACAUGACCUAUAGCAGGUGAAUUUUAAAUUCCUACCAAUGAUAUGUGCUUUUAUCAAUUGAUCAUCAGAUAUCAAUAGUUAUGAUGAUCUAGAAAACACCAUUCAUAUGGCACCAGCAUUAACAAAAAAAAUUGCAAGAAAGGAAGGGAAGAUUUGGAAAAACCUUGAAAACUCUUAAAUGUCUAACAGUACACUUCUAAAGAAGAAAUAAAAAGCUCAAAGUAAAUAAAACGGCACUCCAAUAUAUUUUACUUGUCGUAGCGAUCUUGGUACUUUUACGAUUGGUGUAGCCUUUAGAUUCAGUAUAACAUAAUUUUUCAUCACUUGUACGAACUGCUACAAAAACUUCAAAAUGAAAUAUUUCUUCUUGACUGGGAAUUCACCUUUUCACUCGAGAGGGGAUGGAUUUUUCACUUGGCAUGACUGUACUUCUUUUGUGCUACAAUUGACUAUUAUUCAAAACUCGACGUUUUGACGGGCGAAGACAAAAGCAUUCGACACAGCAUUCAACUCACUGAGUUAUUUAAUAAAAAACUCGACGCGUUGGCAGCUUACAUUAAUGCAUGGACGAAAGCAUAACAACUAGAGGUUGAAGGUGAUUCACCACCCAGACAUUGGCUUGAAAACCGGCCACCAGUGUUUCUUUAAUAAUUUAUUAAGUUCAUCGGUGUUGAUCUUUACCUAUUGGGCCAAACAAUAUGCGAAAUAUAUUAAAAGUGUUUUAAAUCCAUAAAUUGUUCGUCAUCUAAUAUCAGAGAAGAACUCACGCCAAGUUGGCAGAAUUGAAAAGACGCCUUUGCAAUAUGAACAGCACCAGGGAGGAGUUUAGCCAAGGGGAAAGGAUCGUUUUAGCAGCCUGGUUCAGUGUCACAGGUCUGGUGGCCGUAAUUGGCAACACUGUUGUCUUAUGGUUGAUCGCCAGAAAUCAUUCCCUCAGAAUUAUUUCGAAUUUUUUCAUUGCUUCAUUGGCUGUGGCGGACUUGUCGGUAGGACUUGUUAUAAACCCUGUAUGGGCAACGGCCAGGUGCAUCAAUUAUGACGAAGACAGUUAUCUGAAAACUUACGGUAAAGCUAUUGAUUAUCUGUGGAUACACACCACUGUAGCUACAACGUUCAACCUAUGCUGCAUUAGUCUGGACAGGUAUAUUGCCAUCAUUCAUCCGCUCCGCUACCAAGAGUUUCUUACUAACACGAGAAGUUAUCUCAUCAUAGCUUCUGUAUGGGUCUUGUCGUUUCUUCUCCCCUGUUCAAGGUUUUUUGUGAGAGAUGAUUCUAUUGAGUUGUGGUUGUCUUUUACAAUCAUAACAGUGUUAAUUCCUAUGAUCGUCAUUGUGUUCUGCUCCAUUCGAAUAUUGAAAGCCUCUGCGACGCAGUCCAGGAGAAUAAACGUUGUUACUUUACAGAAUCAAGAAUCCGUGAACAGACGAAAACAGAACUUAAAAGCUGCUAAAACAGUUAGUAUUGUGGUGGGGCUAUUCGUUGUUUGCUGGCUGCCGAGUCUAGUGACUUCUUUCACUCAAUAUCUGAGCAAAAAUGGGGUUUACUCCACCAUGUAUCAUAAGGUUUGGACGACUGUUGAGGCAGUAGCCUUUACUUCCGCGGCAAUCGACCCGUGGGUUUAUUGUUUGCGAAACAGCAGAUUCUAUGAAGCAUUUAAUCGCAGUUUUCGAGUUCGCAGAAGACAAAUUAUGGUGUAA